AAUCAAAUUGAACGAAGGCGGAAUUGAAGAUGGGAAAAUUACGAUGCUCCGACGAAGAGUACGUAUCCGCAACAGAAGAGUUAAUCAAGGAAGUCCGUGAAAUAAUCGACAUCACGGAAACGGAUAUGAAAAAGUACGUAGAUGUUUCCGCCAUACUCAAACUCCUAAAGCAUCCGCUUCCACGCGUAAACGACGUGUUUCCGGACCUAAUCCCCGAUGAUAAUAAUGAUGACAUCGACGAUGACGACGAUGAUGAUGACGACGAUGAUGAUGAUGAUGAUAUUGAUGAUGAUUACGUGGAGAUGAUGUCGAAGAAGGUUGAACAAUUGGAUAAUGAGCGAGACCAAGUGUCGAUGGAGAUGACGCAGACUGUGAUGAUGAUGGGGCACCUGGCUUUAGGUAAGGGGGGUGUCCACCCCCAUAUGCAUAUCCACAAUGACAAGAUUGUGUCUAUAUCGAAACGGUACAUCACCCGAGUGGACAAGGCUAUGGAGAUUUAUUUCGAGAAAUUAGGUCUCCCGCCUUACGUCAAUCCAGUCAUCGCACGUGGUGGUGGUGAGGAGUUGCUCGUCGAGAUGUUUAAACGAAUGGAACAACAGCAAUCGGAAUAGGGCAUCAUGUCGUCGUGUGCGGUUGAUUUUAGUAUUUUAAUUAUUGUUAUUUUUAUUUUAUUUUUGUUUUCUCCGUCUUAAUAAUAUUGGACUAGUAUCGUAUUUUUGUUGUGCAUUUUGUUUCGAGUAAA